UUGGGGCGGAGGUGGUCAUUGGACAGCCAGGGUCUGGUAAGGAAAGCUCCGUGGUGAAGAUACCUUGGUAGUUAUUUCUUCAUCGAUACUGAAAGAGAUCUAUAUCAUAUGAUUCCGUCAUGAAACGAGAUACUGUUGUAUCUAUAUGUGGAAACAUGGAGAUUGCCGAGAUUUAACAAUGGCCAGGUAAGACAACGAGGCCUGUUAUAACUUGGCCUGGUGACAAUGGUAUUAUUUCGAUAUGAGACAGAAUACUAUCUUUGUUCUCAGAAAAGAUAUAUAGAGCAGUUGGAUCUAUGUCGAGAUGUCAAUAUCAUCAUCAUCAUCAUCAUCAUCAUCAUCAUCAUCCUCAAUUCUCAUCAUCUCUCCCAAGCCCAUUCUCCUGACCCAUUAUAUCUGGCAAAGCAUCUCAUUCUUAUCUGGCAUCAGGACUCUCAAAUCCAAAGAAACAUAGCACUCCAGACCCUUGUCUGAAAUCAACAGUUCAAGAUGAGUACUUACAGCCAUCUCUCGACCCGCAACGCCCUUCUGGCUGCGAUCCACGAAUACACCAGUUUUCUCGACAAGUACCCCGAGGAUCACCAACUACUUACCAAGGAAAUUGAUCAGCUUCAGCAUCGGCUCAAGCAACUCGAGAAGCUCGAAUACGAAGUAAACACAGAGGAUAACCAGGCAGAUUCCGAUUCCGAUUCUGACUCCGAGGAAAUCAGUCCCAUCGCCAUGCACAACCUGUCCAGUGAGGAAAGUAUCUUCUCAUGGAAAGACGAAGGGUUUUACGACCACGGCGAUGAAAACGAAGAGGACAGUGAUCAUGAUGGAGUAAAGGCUCACACUGGCGAUAGCACGGAAUGCCUCAACUGCCAGUUGCAGGAAGUGAUUUGCGCUUGUCCUGGUCGGUACAAGUGUGAUGACGAGCCUUGCAGAAAGGCUAGACAUGGUUGGUAUCGCUGUGCAUCUUGUUCUCAGGGGCCUUGAUUUUCUUUUUUGUUGGUGGUUGUGAUGAAAUGGUAUGACUGUGAUUGCAAAUGGAAUGUUCGGGUUUAUAUAUUCCACGUCGUCUGAUUUUGUGUUUUAUGUCAUUUCGAUUCUGUCUAAUGCGCACUCUGUGAUUGGCAGGUGAUACAUUCAGCUCCCCCUCU